GAAAGAUUAUAACUGAAAAACCUGUCACUUGUGGCCGUUCCUCUGUCCCUCGGCAUUCUUUCUCUCCUAAAAAGAAUUUCAACAAAAAUAUAGAGAGACAGACAUUCAAUUCCCAAAAACCCUAAUCCCAAAAAGAGAAAUAGGUUAACAUUUAUACACAUAUAUAAUGAAAUUGAAACACAUAAUUAGCUCUGGUAAAACCCAAUAAUCUCUUCAAUUUUCACGUACAAUCAUUAUUAUCAAUACCAAUUUGUGUUGCCCCUUUCCUCAAUUUCUCGCUGAAUUUUUCUCCUUAAUUACUCAUUUGGGUCUGAGAAUUUCAUAUUAAAUUCGUCAACAUAUCCAAUUUCACGUAUUGGGUCUUCUUAAUUUUUCCUGGAAAGGGGCCUUAAACUUUUAAUUGUCCUCUUGAAAAGGUCAUGCUUUUGAAGAGGAUUGUAGAAUGGUUUACUACUUCAAAUGCUUCAAAUUGCAACCCAUUUUUGACCGGUUAAAUUGGGCUUGAUAUUUGAGUUCAAAUGUGUAUAGUAGUAACAGAUACGGGUGGAGAGGAGCGUAAUAAUAGAUGGGAAAUAAUUGUGUUCAUGCAAAGUUUUCAAAGGAUGGGUUCUUCAACUUGUUCUUUUGGCGGUCUCGAACACCGGAUAUGAUUACAAAUAAGAAAAAACCAAAGGGUAUUGAAGAACCUUAUACAGACAAACAGCCUGAAAGUCAUAACUCUAUUCAGAAUAAACCCCCAGAAAUGGUGACGAUAAACAGGGAAGAGAGUAAACUACCAGAUAUGGAGAACGCUCAGGUAGUUAAACAGGAGAGGAGAUCAGUUGAUUUGAAACCUAUAGAAGCAAUUGGACCUGAAAAGUCUGGCAACAAUAUCCAUGAAAAGGUAAAACCGAAAGAGCCUGCAAAACCGAAGAAGCCAGUCAAGAGAAUGCUUAGUGCAGGACUCCAGGUUGAUUCUGUAUUGAAAACAAAAACUGGUCUUCUGAAGGAGCAUUAUGAUUUGGGAGAGAAACUUGGACAUGGCCAAUUUGGGACCACAUUCCUCUGUGUUGAAAAAGCAACAGGGAAAAAGUAUGCUUGUAAGUCUAUAGCAAAAAGGAAAUUAUUGACACCUGAAGAUGUGGAAGAUGUAAGGAGAGAAAUUCAGAUAAUGCAUCACUUAUCUGGACAUCCUAACGUCAUUUCAAUAAAAGCAGCAUACGAGGAUGCUGUUGCGGUUCAUGUUGUGAUGGAAUUAUGUUCAGGAGGCGAGCUUUUUGAUAGGAUUGUUAAGCAGGGACAUUACUCAGAGAGACAAGCGGCUGAGCUUGCGAGGACAAUAGUUGGUGUAGUAGAAGCCUGCCAUGCUCUAGGAGUGUUGCACUUGGACCUUAAGCCUGAGAAUUUUCUCUUUGUCAACGAGAAAGAGGAUUCACCUCUAAAGAUUAUAGAUUUUGGGCUAUCAAUGUUUUUUAAGCCAGGGCAAAUAUUCUCUGAUAUUGUUGGAAGUCCUUAUUAUGUUGCUCCAGAAGUUCUGCUUAAGCGUUAUGGUCAGGAGGCAGAUAUUUGGAGUGCAGGUGUAAUAAUUUACAUUCUUCUUACUGGUGUACCUCCAUUUUGGGGUGAAAGUGAGCAGGAAAUAUUUGACGAGGUUUUACGUGCCAAUAUUGACUUCACAUCAGACCCUUGGCCUAACAUCUCUCAAGAUGCUAAAGAUCUGGUAAGGAGAAUGCUUGUUAGGGACCCCAGAGAGAGACUUACCGCACAUGAAGUUCUAUGCCAUCCUUGGGUGAAGAUUGAUGGUGUAGCUCCAGAUAAGCCUCUUGAUUCUGCAGUGUUGAGUCGCUUAACACAGUUUUCUGCCAUGAACAAGCUUAAGAAAAUGGCUCUCAUGGUCAUUGCAGAGAGUCUUUCUGAAGAGGAAAUUGCUGGCUUGAAAGAGAUGUUCAAAAUGAUUGACACAGAUGACAGUGGACAUAUUACUUUAGAUGAACUGAAGAUUGGACUAAAGCAAUUUGGGGCUGAUCUUAGUGAGACAGAGAUACGAGACUUGAUGAAGGCGGCUGAUGUUGACAAUAGUGGUACCAUUGACUAUGGGGAAUUCAUAGCUGCAAUGCUUAACAUCAACAAAGCUGAGAAGGAAGAUUAUCUUUCUGCUGCUUUUUCAUAUUUUGACAAAGAUGGGAGUGGUUAUAUCACUGCAGAUGAACUUCAAAAGGCUUGUGAGGAUUUUGGCAUGAAGGAUGUCCGCUUGGAAGAAAUCAUUCAAGAAGUUGAUCAAGACAACGAUGGCCGGAUAGAUUACAACGAAUUUGUGGCGAUGAUGCAAAAAGGAAAUGCAAAUUUCGGUAAUAGACGCUUACACAAUAAUUUUAGCAUCGGAUUUCGGGAUGCAACAAAGGUUUGCUGACACACAAAGAUAAUUGUACCUCCUUGAUUCUUCCCUUUUUCUGUUUUUAGUGUUUCUCCUUCAUCAGCCUCCCAUGAUUUUGCUGUCACACUAUGAUCUUUGUACUUAAUUUUUCUUUUCUUCUUUUUCUGUUUUUAAUAUUUCUCCUUUAUCAUUUCUCCAUGAUUUUGAAAUGUACAGAAUUGUAUAGUAGGGUCAAGGAUCAUUUUAGCUGGCACAGAGCAAAUGCCAGCUCUUAUUAAUUUACUCCCAAGUUGUAUUAGCUUCUCUGUUUAAUAUGUAUUCUAGAAUAGGAUGCACUCUUGUAAAAUAUUUCAAGAAAAUAAGGUAAUGCUUGUUCAUAUU